AUGGAAGAGCCUCAGUCCACAGCGGAACAUGAUUCAGACAAUUAUCAAGUGGAUCCCGAUGGCUUCCCUCUGGGCUCCACUGUGCAGUCUCAGACCAAGGGCAUCUGGAUGUGGUGCGUGCCACACCCCACCAAGCCAGAGCACACCCUGGUCCUCCUGGACACCGAGGGCCUGGGGGAUAUGGAAAAGGGUAAUCCUAAAAACGACUCAUGGAUCUUCGCUCUAAGUGUGCUUCUGAGCAGCACCUUCGUCUACAACAGCAUGUGCACUAUCAACCACCAGGCCCUGGAGCAGCUGCAUUAUGUCACAGAACUCACUGAGCUGAUUAGAGUAAAGUCUUCCCCAAAUCCCCAUGGAAUAAAGAAUUCCACAGAGUUUGUGAGUUUCUUUCCAGACUUUGUCUGGACUGUUCGGGAUUUCAUGCUGGAGCUGAAGUUAAAUGGGGAAGACAUCACAAGUGAUGACUACCUCGAGAAUGCCCUGAAGCUGAUCCCAGGUUACAAUCCCAGAGUGCAAGCAUCCAAUUCAGCCAGGGAAUGCAUCAGAUGUUUCUUUCCUAACCGGAAGUGUUUUGUCUUUGACCGGCCAACUCAUGACAGAGAACUCUUACAAAAACUUGAGACUAUCUCAGAAGACCAACUGGAUCUUAAAUUCCGGGAAGGAACAAAGGCUUUUGUUUCUUACAUCUUCACUUAUGCCAAGACCAAGACCCUCAAAGAGGGAAUUAAGGUCACCGGAAAUAGACUGGGUACUCUGGUGACAACCUACGUAAAUGCCAUCAACAGUGGAGCAGUGCCUUGUCUGGAUGAUGCUGUGACAACUCUGGCCCAGCGCGAGAACUCAGUAGCUAUGCAGAAGGCUGCUGACCACUACAGUGAGCAGAUGGCCCAGCGACUGAGGCUUCCUACAGACACUCUCCAGGAGUUGCUGGAUGUGCAUGCAGCCUGUGAGAAGGAAGCCAUGGCUGUCUUCAUGGAGAAUUCCUUCAAGGACAAAAAUCAGCAAUUCCUGAAGAAACUGGUGGUAAUCUGUUAA